AUGUUCCUGCCGUUCAAGCACCUCUCGGCCCGGCAGAGCGCCGGAUACGCCGUGCUGUGCGUGGCGCUGGGGCUCGGCAUCAAGUACAUGGACGACCACAUGCCGGAACCGGACCCGACCAAGGUCAAGGGCGACGCUCUAGCGUGGAGCGACCUGGACAACCAGGCAGAUGCCAAGCGGAGGCGCCAAUAG